CGAUGCGCAACCAGUAUUCCGUGUGUAGAUUUAAGCGAUUUUUUUGUCCAGGUUUUUGGUAUUUUCGGGUUAGUGUUUUUCGGUGUUUGUGGUUAUAUUUCUGUUUAAGACGAUAUUUGUGUUUGGAUGAACUUUAAAAUUGUUUAUCAAUAGUUGGAUAAGAAAAAUUGUUUGUGUAUUAGCCAAGUUUGUGCCCUACGGGAUCCUUGAAGUCGAUUAUCGAUUGGAAAAAGUUUGACGUAAGAUAAGUGUACCUAUCGGUGUGAUUUCGAUUAACCUGUAAGCCUUUGGGAAAAAUUAGUGAAAUUUGUGUGGCGUUCAAUUAGUUAAGGAAAUAGAGUUAUUGAAGAGUCCGGAAGAAAAAGUGACCCCCUUGAAUCCCCCGUUUCAGUUUCCCGGCCAGUUUUCUUUCACGAUAGUUCACACUCCAAGUGCAGAAGUUGUUGGACCACCUCAUAAAAAGUCCCACUCAAAAGUGAACGACUACGGCGACUCUUCGUCGGUCGUCGAUUCCCACAUCAUCAUCAUUGGUGCAUCACUGUUUGGCGGAAAGAAAGUGCCCCCUCCCCCCACUCUUUUUCACAUCUCUCAUCAAACCGGAGAACCCUCCGGCCACUUUCUGCUGCAACAACGUUAGGUUUAAAGAAGAAAAUAAAGAAAAAAUCAGUGCUGCCCCAAGGGAGAAGUGAAGGAAUAAAAAAAAAGUUGUGGAAGGAAAGUGUCAAAGCGUAAAACGAUCCCAAGGAAAUUAUCUCAAAAUAUUAGCCGUAAAAUUGCCCAGUUUCCCAGAGUGAUCGACCGAAGCUAAAAUCGAAGAUGCUAAGUUAGUGUUCAAUUCCUCAAAAAAAAAAGUGUGAGAAGAUUUCCGAUUUUGGGUCUUUUUCCUCUACGGUGGUGUUAUUGUUUUUGGGAAAGUGGUUUACGACAGUGGCGCAGAUCGUAGCGUAGUGUCGAGUGCAGAAUUUCAAUCUACAACCAUAUAAAGUGAAGGAAGGAAGCAAGCAAGCAAGCGAGAGUGAGGAAACCAGAUCAUCGAUUGGCAACUCCGCACGACAAAGUCGUAACAUUGGAUUAUGAACGUGAUUUGAGGAGAGCGAGGCUGCUCUUUCGACGACACACCGCCGAGUGUAUUGGAUCGUUAAAGAUUACACACAUCAUGUGCAAUUGACGGCCUUUUUUCCAUUUCAACAUUAAAACAGAAUGUAUCAUAAACCGUCGCCGCCAUCGUCGUCAACGUCGUCGUCGUCGUCAUCAUCAUCGUCAGGAGCAGCAGCAUCAGGAACACAUGCUGCCACCUUGCCACGUAGCAGUGGCAACAGUAGUACUAGCAGUAGUCACAGCAACAACAAUAAUAAGAGCAGCAGCAGCAAUUAUCGGAGCAACCAUCACUUUCACCCCCAUCAGGCAUCAACUGGGAUGAUUAUGAUAAUGGGGGGUGGAACUCAACCCAACAUGGCGGCUCAAUCAUCCACCGCUGCCUCGACGAUUCAAAACAGUAACAAUAACAGUAACAACAACAUCAACAACAACAACAGUAACUACCAUCAUUCGUCGUCAUCGUCAACGCUCAGACUGAAGAAGAGCCAGAAUCAAAAUCAACCCUUUUUGGAUCCUCUGCUGCACAAACAGCAGUCGCACCAAUCGAGACCAAUCGUGUACCAAAGUGGCCAACCGAAUCGUUCCGAUCAGCAACAACAACAGCAACAAAAACAACAACAAGAGCAACAGCAACAAAAUGGCGGAUCAAGACCCACUUACGGUGCCUAUACGAAUAACACUUUACCGCGGGGGCCUUAUCUUCAGUAUAAGUAUAAUAAUGUUAGCAGUAUCCCAAGUGGUGACAGCAGUGACAAUAAUACUGGCAACAGCAACAGCAACAACAGCUACAUCAAACAGGAGCACCAGUCCAAGCAGAUCGAGGCGCUGCGAGCCGAGUUCCUGGAGCUGGCUAGCCAAGCCCGGCAGCAGCAGCAACAACUGCAGCAGCAGCAACGGAUGCUUCAGCAACAACUUUCCACCGGGGCCGAAGACCGGACGGAUUCACUCCGCAGCACCCGGUCUGGUACUUCCUCCACCUCCACGAUCACUUCCUCUACGGCCACGGCCAUCGUCGGCACCGUCGGGACACUUCAACAUCACCAGCAGCAACAGCAAAUGCAACUGCAACAACAGAAACAGAAUCUCCAUCUCAAUCUACACACAUAUCCGCAACAACAACAACAACAUCAACUACAACUACAACAUCAACUUCAACAACAGAAUCAACAAGGCUGUGCUAGUAGUAGUAGUAGAAGUAGUAAUAGCAAUAACUCAACUAGUAGUAGUAAGCAUCGUCUCUACCAUCAAUCGCAGCAGGAGCAGCAUCAGCAACAUCACCAUCAACAACAACAACAACAACAGCAACGUCCAGAGUCCGCCAGUACCAAUGGCACGCUCUCGCGAGACGGCAGUGGACGCUCCGGCUACUCGGGGGUCCUCCUGGGUGGAGUCGCCGCCAGCGUGACCCUAGCGGAUGUUGUGGCCAGCCGGAGGCGGGCCAUCAGCCAACAAGAGGGGUGGGCCAUCCUAUGCCAAUCGGUCCAGGCGCUGCAGGAUCUCUUUUUGGCUGACACCCCCUCGAUUGGCAAAGUGCGACCGCUGAUUACGCCCACCGGAUUGCAAAUCACGUCCCGGGGUCGGGUCGUAUUCGGCAUCGUAUCGGCGGCGGCUGCAGGCGGAAAUGGACAUGGGGGACCACUCCCGAAAGCAGCAGACUCCCAGCCAGCACUUUCCGGGCAGCAGAAGGCCUUCCUCUCGCCGGAGUACAUCAACUGUCUGGGGAAGAAAAUCAAUUUCUCCGAAUCGGACGUCGAGAAGAUGUGGAUCUACUCCCUCGGGGCCACGCUCCAGAAGACGAUAUCAUCGUUCGCGAUCAACCAUCGGCCUCAGCAGCAAUUUCCGGAAACAAAUGUCCGUUUACCGGAUAUUGGGCACAUGUUGAGCCAGCUGGAUUCCCCCACGGAUCCGGAAUCCGGCCUUUCCUCGCUGGACCACGUCAUACUGGCCAUGUGCGAGGCCAACCUGUACAAACGGGCCAGCCUGAUGUUUCUGCUGGAUAUCAUCUCCGACUACUGCAAGAACCACCAUCUCUACAAGCCGUUCUCGCACAUGAUGAUCGACCUGUUCAAGGAGGUGUACUCCUCGCUGGUGAAGGAAAACAAUCCCGGCCAAAGUCAACCCACUGGGCCCCGAGACAAGCAAUCCCAGGCAGAGGCUUUCGAGGAACAGAAGAGUGACACCGAUUCCGGUCGCAGUUCGGACCAUGGAGAAAUGCUGGAGAUCAACCGGAAGACUCGGCAGUCUCAGGUCCCGACGAGCUAUGGCAUCACCAUCAGCAGCCAGGAUCUGGACCAGGCGCGGUACUUUGGGUCCACGACUAAUUUGCGGGUCAAACGAGCCGAACCGGCCGAUGGCAACAAGUUCCGAUCGCUGCCGCGGCCGACCGACUCCACCAAGCUGGAAGCAGUCCGAAACUACGUGACCAUCGGCUACUCGAAGAGUACCCGGGCGACCGAGGCUGCCGACCCGAAGAAGCUGCACGUGGUGAGAAGGCGUCACAAUGCCGAAGUAGCUCGGAAGAGAAACGACGCCCGACGGAACACAAUCGACGUGACCAUGGUAGAGGUCAAGAUGGCCGAGGUGCAGCAGCAGCAGGCAAUGCUGGCUCGGCUGGGUCAGGCCAAGUCGACGACGCAGCUGCACCAGCUGGAGGAUGAUGGAGGGUUCGGGGACUUUCAGCGGCGGAUCGACGAGAUGAACUUCAACGCCACAUCGAUGCCAAAUCUCGGAGCCCCAGUGGUAUCGGUGCAGCCUCUAGCAUCACAAAUGACCGCCGACAAACACCCCGAAGGUUAUCCGCCAGGAAGUACGACCAGUCGAGCCAACGGCCUUGGUCAACAGCAACUCCACUACUAUCCACCAGAGUGUACCAGUGGUCCGGAAUUUGUCCUUAAUGCCCACAGUACUCCAAAAAUGAUCGACCUCACGGAUGCCAAGACACAACACCGGCGCACGGUAACGAUUCUGAUGCUGAACGGAACCAAGGUUAACAUCGUGUGCAGUCCGACCACCACCGUUGCGAAGCAAAUUUUCGAAGCCAUCCUUCGGCUGGAAAACCUCACCGAGAACUUCUUCCUCGGACUGUGCGCCCUAAUAGGCGGCGAUUUCGUGUUCCUUCCGAGCGAUUUAAAAAUCUACAAGGUGGCGCCACAGAUUUGGGUCAACACUUCGAAAAAAGCUGCCGGUAGCGGAGACAACGUCGUAUUUACUCUCUAUCUUCGGAUAAAGUUCUUCCUGCCAACCCUGAGGGGUGUGGGCUGUUUGGAAUCGCGGCACCUGUUGUACCUGCAGCUGCGCAAAAGCAUCCUGGAACGGCAGAUUCUCUGCUCCGAGGAUGACCUGAUAGCGCUCGGGGGGCUGGCCCUACAAGUGGAAGUCGGUAGCUUCAAAGAGAGCAUGAAAUACUCGGAAUACUUUACCAUUUCGCACUACCUGCCAGAGGAGGUUUACCGGCGCAAAAAAGAGCUGGCCAAAUAUCUGCGCAGUUCACACUUUUGCAAACGGGGUCUACAUCAGCUGGAGGCGGAACAUAACUUCAUCCGGUACGUCCAGGAGCUGAAGGAGUAUGGGCUGCAUCUGUACAGCGCCCUGUGGACCACGGAUGAAAACAUCACCCUGGAGGUUUACGUUGCCAUUUCGCUGAGUGGGGUGGCGAUUUUCGAGCGUAAUGUGAAGUUCAAUGCCCGCGGGGGAUACUAUCAGCACCAACAGCCGGAGGUUCACGACUAUAGCAGCGGCAAGACCUGCUUUCAGCGGCACCUGUAUGCUUUCUUCGACUGGCUGGAGAUCGAAAACAUUUGCUUCUCGAAGCACGUGUUCUGUGUGGUGGUUCGAAGGACCGAGAGCCUGAAUCCGAAAGACAAGACCCGGAUCAAGUACAAGCUGCGUAUGGAUGGAAGGAAGAGCUACUUCGCGUUCAACCUCGCCUCGGAGCACCACAAGUUCUACAUGAAGCUGCGCAAUUCGUUCCUCUCGAUCAAAGCGCUCUCAAACGAGCUGAACAUCCCGAUCUAUGAGCCGGGUAGAUCUGCGAUCCCACCGAACACGGCAGCAGCGCCCCAAACUGACAAUGCUGGUCCGGCCAAGCUGGACGUGGCUGAUGUCGACGACAAGGCAGCUUUCGACGCCAAGUGCGUCGACAAGAUCGACAAACCGUCGAAAACGAGCGGCUUGCGGGUGCGGAACCUGAAGAAAUCGAUGCUCAACGAUAACCGGUUGGCCAAGUUGCGCCAGAAGUUCCUGCUCAAACGAUCGAAGUCCUCGGUCGAGGGAACAGCCCCACCGGCGGCAGCUUUGAAUCAAUCGGUGGAGAUAGCCAACCAGCAGAACCAGAAUAAGGAGAACGAAAAUCCUGCCCUUGGAAUGAGCAGUGUUCCAUCGUUGGCUUCGAUGAUCUACUCCUCGGAACAGGUCAGCAUGUCCCCGGGUGAUUCGCCGAAAACGCACAGCAUGAACCGGAACAAGGUAAAGAUGGGCACCCGGGUGUUUUCGGCGCAGUUUCUGAACAAGUCCUACGACAAUUUGUACGAUCAUGUCGGAGGAAGUGGGGCGCUCAGCUCCUCCAAUUCCUUUACGAAUCUGGCUAAUGGCAGUUUCGGAGAGGAUGACGGGAUAAUGUUAAACUUCAACGAGAGGAAUGUGGAUCAGCAUCUGAUGAUCGAGAGCAGUGUAGACGAUGCUCUGUCUAUGAAGAGCAGCAUGGGAUCGAUGUAUUUUAUGGAGAAGAUUGAGGAGAAGUCUAUGGAGGGUAGCGCCGAUACGCUUUCGCCGAAAGCUUGUGUGAUUCAGUCCAGUAUUCGCAGCGAAAGCGGAAGAUUUGAGCUGCCGAACGAAACCAUCUCCGAUACGCUGCUGGAGAAGUUCAACAACCUGAGCUGCGGAGGAGGAAGCAACGAUCGUAUUCUGACUUCGGUGGUUGUGGUGAAGGACUUCAUCAAUCCGGACGAGAAGCAGCGGCUAAAUGAAACCAAGGCUGAACUUUUGGCCCGGAAGCGAUCGUUCCUGUCCCGGAGUCAGGAAUCGGUGCUGUUCAAGAAGAGUCCCAGGUUGGUGGGUUUCGGUGACGAUCAAAGUUCGGAUGGCGGGAUUGCCGAUUGUGGGAGCACCCGUGAGGAACCUACGGGAGCCAGAUAUACCCUGGGUAUCAGCAUCGUCCAAGGGUCCGAUAACAACGUCUACGUGAAAGAUUUGGUUGCCGCAGGUCCUGGAGCACGGGCAGGUGUCAAAAUAGGAGAUCAGAUCAUUGCCGUCGAUGGAAGAUCGCUGCUCAAUCUGCCAUAUUCGGAGUCGUUGUCGGUGCUACAGAACACCGGAAGGACUGUUGAGCUAGUGCUUUCGCAAAUCUACGUAAGGCCUGCGUUGAGCGCCAGUACCUUAAACAUCAGCCACGAUCAGGACCUGUACCCUUCCAAGUUGGACGCAGUUCGACAGGUCACGGCAUCGGUGGCCAAAAGCAACAGUUUGUACAUAAAAAAUGGAUCUCAAACCACCAAUCAACGGAGUCCGGCUCAGCUGGGCAAAUCUUACGAAGAUAUCGGGAGCCACUUCGACGCCCUUCGGACUUUCUAUCAGAAUCAGCAACAGAUGCAGAACCAGCAACAGUUGAUCAGUGAGGAGCGCAAAGUUAACCAUCAGCACUACACCAAGAAUGUUCCGGACAUUUUGAGGACCCGGAAUCGGAUUGGCGAUGGUCUGGUCGGCGGGUUUGGAGGCUUGAGCCCGUCGAAAAGCAUGCCGGAUCUACCGAAGAUCCUUCAAGCGUACGCCAAACCAUCACUGCCGCUGGAUUCCAACACGCCAGCCGCCAACAAUUCAUCCGGACGGCUCCCAAUCAACGGCUCUUUAUCGUCGGUGGCAGCCCUUUCGAGCGUCGGAUCCAGCCGAACCUUGCCGAAGACGCUACCCCCUCCCAAGGGCGCCGGUCUCUGCCGGAAGUACACCGGCCCCAAACGCUUCCCGGUGACGCCCGCCAAGGACUGCGUCCGCACCAUCUCGGCCCAUCCGGCGGUCAAGGUGCAGCUAUCGCUCUCGAACGCUUCCGAGGACGAUCAGGUGUUCAUCUAGACCCUUGGAUAGCAUCCUUCCACUCAACAACUGAAUAAAAAAACCCAAAAAGUCUUAGACCUUAUCCCACCGCUCAAGUUGCCAAAGCUGAAGAAGCUCACCACCAAAUGGAACGGCGGCGGCUCGAUCCUGAACCUCGGACAUCUGGCCGGAAACUUUCCGUCCCGAAGCCGAAACGUUGCCACGGUGCCGUCGG